AGUGGGGCUUUCCGGAUACGUCAUCCCGGUCUUCCGAGUUCUAGCUAGCGGUUGCGGUGUUCAUGUCGCGAGUCUCCUGAAACGUCGCCGCAUUUGUCGGACUCUUUUUACUCCACGUCUACCGUGAAAAUGGACAGGGCCACUGACGGUGGUCGGGCGGUAGAAUUUUGAGACGCCGUCGCCAGAAACGCCGGUUCGCACCGACAGGCGGGAUGUCAACAACGCGGCCCCUCCUCGGGAUGCGACGAGUCACCGAGCUAACGUACCCCGAGCAGCCGAGCAGCAGGCUCCCCGCGGCCGCCGCUAGGCAGCAGACGGAGGCCGCCACAGUGGACGAGUUCACUGUCCUGGAGGAUAAAGAAGAGGAGCUGAAAUGCGCCAAGCCGCGCGUGGAGCAGGUUUUUAAGGUGACGUUCACCAUUAUCGGGCUGCUGGACUACACGGGACAGCCGCACGGUAGCAAAACCUUAAGGCAGAUAUGGCUGCAGCUUCGAGGCAACAGGGAGGACGUUUCCAAGGCAAAGGAGUACAUCCGAGGGCUGUGUGACCCAGAGCUGCGCAAAGAGGAGCGCUACCCGGUGGACAUGCACUGCAUCUUCGCCGGGGCUCGAGGCCUCUUCCUGGACCGGCUGAUACGGGACACGAGCGCAGAGGUUCUGAUGCUGGAGCCAGGCUGCCUACGGCUGCUGGGCCAGGCCGAGCCGGUGGUGAUGGCUCAGAGCAGAGUCCAGCAGUUUGUCGCCCUUUUUCAAGAGAAGAGGAGCCUCCCGAGCGACAGAGAGUCCGCCGUCAAACGGGCCUUCAAGUCCUUUGUGGAGGAGCGCGAUGACAAGUACACCAUGGAGCUGCUGCUGCUGCCCAGUGCGCUGAAGGAGGAGUUACUGGGACUGGCUCACUGCCCCUCCAACACUAACACGUCGUCUAUGUUCAGCCUGGCGCUGCACCCCAGCAUGGCCGAGGUGGAGCAGGACCGCUCCCAGAGCAGCACCCCAGUCACAGAGCUCUCCAACCGGAUCCUGGACACCAGCUUCGAAGAGAAAGCAGCUGUGGGUGGGGGCGGUAAACUGGGCGGGGGGAUCAGUUUGGGCACUGAGGCUGUGCUCAUAAAUGGCGCUCGCCCGUCGCAUAAACGGCGCUCGUCUGAGAGUGAGACUCGCGACACCAAAAGACAGUACUCUCUAGAACGGAAGGAGGAGUCGCCGGAAAGAGCGCGGGAGCGACCAAGAGACCGGGAGGGCCGAGGAGGCAGCAGCUGCCGGUCCAAAACUCCCUCGGCUGCCUCGACCUUCUCCUCCUCCUCUUCCUCCUCUGCUAAAGCGAACACAGUAUCCGGUCCGAUAAUGCUGGAGUCCAGCGAGGCCACGGGGGACGAGGCGGAGGCGGUCAGCCCGGAAACCAACCUGCGCUGCCUGGUCAACUUUUUCAGAACAAUGGGCUACCAGCAGGAAGUAGUUGAGCGUGUCGUCAAGGCAACGGGACAGACUGAGGACACCUUUCUUGUUUUGGAGAAAAUAGUAGAAGAAACCAAUCGCUGUGAGGGCGGGGGCAAAGAAAGACAACAGAACUCAGUGCACCCUGCAGACGCUUCCUCUUCAUCCUCAUCCUCCACAGUCUCUCGCUUUCGCGAGAAGGAGCUGGGAAGGACACUAGAGGACCCGGGCCGGUCCAAAGAGAACAUUAAACCGAGUCUGCAUGGGAGCAGCAGCAACGGGCUCGGACACCGGCGGCAGUGCAGCGGCAGCGAGACCAGCACCCAGCAGGCCAUCACCAUAAGGAGGAGUUCCAGUGCACAGGGAGGGGCGGGACGCUACGAUGUCAUCACCAUCAACGAUGACGACGAUAAUCUCAUUCUCAACACCAAAACGGCGGACAGCAGGACGUCCCGGACUAUGACUGUUGCCCGCCUCGACUCGCAGUCGGGAUCAAGAAUAGACUACCUGGCACGGGGAGGGGGCGGGGCCUCACAGAGGGACUACAUGUCCCGUUGUGGCGCUCAGACUUUGGGAGGAUCAGUGAUGGUGGAGAGUUUGACCGCACUGCGCAACACGCCACAGUGGCUGAACACCACCACCACGUCAACACAGAGCUCUGCUCAGCCAAACAAUCGAAGCUCCGCCUACCAGACCAUCAGCCACAUGGGUUUUCAGGGAGCUCGGGCUCCUCCCGCCAAUGACCCCCCUGCUGCCCCUGUCACCGGCUUGACUCGUUUCCAUCAAUCGCUGAGGACCCCCUUUACCCUCAACCUUCCAAACGAGCAAGGAGAUCCAAAGCUCAGACACAUCAUCAUCGACGGAAGCAAUGUGGCGAUGGCUCAUGGCCUUCACCGGUUCUUCUCCUGUCGUGGCAUCGCUCUGGCCGUGGAGACAUUCUGGAAGCGAGGCCACAGAGAGAUCACCGUGUUUGUCCCACAGUGGCGCCAAAAAAGAGACCGAUUCACAACAGAGCAACAUUUCCUGAACCAGCUAGAAGACCUGCGGCUGCUCUCCUUCACCCCAUCCAGGGAAGUCUGCGGUCAGAGGAUCUCGUCACACGAUGACAGGUUCCUGCUGCACCUCGCUGAAAAAACAGAUGGGGUCAUUGUAACCAAUGACAACCUGAGGGACUUUGUCAACACGUCUGACACCUGGAGGAAGAUCAUCCAGGAGAGGUUGCUUCAGUUCACCUUUGUGGAGGAUCACUUCAUGAUCCCCGACGACCCGCUGGGCCAAAAGGGACCUCACCUGGACGACUUCCUGAGAAAAGACUUCAGGCGGCCGCCGGCCACCCCCCCACCCCUGCAGCCCCCAGACUUCCGGCCGUCGGCACAGCAGCAGCCCGUCUACGUCCAGGCUCUUCAGUCGGCUCUAACGCCUCACCCCACCACACACUGGCCCCACUCCGGCCCCCCUGAAUGGCACCCGCCCCGCCGCUCCCCUUCACCGUCCCCGUCCCCUCCCCCCCAGCGGUCGCCGGGGGAGACAUCCGAGCUUAAAAGAAAACUGUACGACAUCUUUCCGGACCAUAAGCAGCGCAUCGACCGCAUCCUCAGCGACAACCCGUACAUGAGAGACCUGAACGCCCUGUCGGGGCUGCUGUUAGGAUAAACCCUCCCACCCCCACCCCAUAAUUUAUUUCAGUCUCAUCCGGCAGCAGCGAUGUGGGGAAGAAGGAAACAUGUUUCCUUAAAUAAAAAACAGGCUGCUGAAAAAACUAGCUGCUACUUUUAAAGCGUAAUUUUUUGGCUUCUCUGUCGCCUCCUUUGCUUUCAAAGCGGUCCAGCUGAGCGGCGCCGGAGCGGGCGGACCCGUGCGUUCAGCAGCAAACAUCAUUCCCAGGAGAGAAAGCGGCUCACUGACAGGACGUUGGAGAAGGUGGCAGCGGCCGGGAGGCCGCCGUCAGAGCCUCAGAUAUUUUUUGUAAGAAUUUUUUGAAGAGAAGAGCUGUAUAAAGUUUAUUAAGAGAAUCCCAAAAGUCAACAGGCGGAGUCACAGGGACGUCUUCAGGCUGAAUGAACUGCAAAGAUCUGUAUUUUAUUUUUGUUAAAGAUGCAGCCCCCCCGUGUGCAUUUGUUCAGGUCCGUCUGGUUUUAAAUCGGCUUGACUCAUGUUAAACUGACGUUUUUCUCCCUAAAAUAAUUAAUGUCCAAUUCCUGGUUCUUUGAAGUUCUUGCGCUCAGCAAUUUCAUUUCUCACCAUCAUAUUAUCUUUAUUUUCUGGGAAGUUUUUGGAAUCUGGAUUUUGAAAAUUCUGGUCCAUUCAAGGUGAAGGUGAAAUGAAUGUUGGCCCAGGAUGGCGCCCUUCUCUGCGGCCGGAGGUCACACCUUCACGAUUAUUGUUAUCUUAGAAGCCUGAUGUUGAGCAGAUUUCAAAUUCAGUUUAAUAAAAAAAAAAAAAAUGCAAAAAUAGAUCUUAGAAAAUAAAAAACUUAACUUUCACCUGCAGUAACAAAUAUCGUGGCUCAUAUUGAGACACAAAAAAACCUCUGACCUUUGGAAGAAACCAUCUUUGAUCCAAAUCUGGUGUUACAGUAAGCCAUUUUUUCCAGAGACUUUUUUGUGAAAGGUCGCCGUGGUUAGAAUUAUCAGAAUAAUCAGCACACGUGAGAACAUGUGCUGAUUAUUAUUUUUUUUUUUUCAGCAGUCAAUCUACUCCAGCAGUAAAGUGGUUUGCCUACAGUUUUUUUUUCUAUUUUGUCCGGUCUGAGCUGCCGUAUCAACAGGGUAUCAGCUCAUUUUUUUAAGCAGUUGGACCCAAACUUAAAAAUUCCUUUUGGGCAGGAAUGCUCAGACCUAGCAGUUGGGAGAUGAAAUCCGGCGCUGAGAUGGGUCGCUCUGACAGCUGCUGAGGUCAGUUUGGGCUCCGGCUCGCCGCAGGGCGGUCUGCUCACCGUGGUCCGGAUCUUCAACACAAACACUACAAGAGUUCAGUCGUUCUGCUGACUCGGCUUUAUUAGCUGAAGUGAGUAGAGAUGACGAUUUCAGAGAUAAAACUUUUAACGUCCACAAUAUUUCUUUUUAGCAUCCCCCCGUUCCCAAUGCGUCCAUUUACGGAAUGCAGGUUUAAUGUUUGAAAUAAGUUGACAUUUUUUUCAAGAACAAAGAAACUUUUGCACCCGUGUUGAAAUUCUCACUGAAACUUGACGAGGUUUGUUUGUGUUUGAUUUGUUUUACUGAAGGAUUUUUUUUUUUCAUGUAAGAUAGUUCAUCUGUGAUAGUUCAUUUUUGUAAAUAUACACAUUUUGGCUACAGUGCACACAUGGAUUUAUGUAUGUGAGAAAGUAAUAAAUGCAGCAUUCCCCAUAAAAGAUCAUUUUUCCA